UUUAUCAGGUGGGACGAUCGCAGUGUAACAGGAAGUCUGUGGACAACUAGUUCUUCAUCGAAACCCAAACAGAAUUAAGACAAAAGGACCAUGGGGUGGACCGAAUCCUUACUGGUCAUCGUAACUGGACUUCUGUUACACCACGUAAAGGGCGACACUUUCUGCAUAAGCAGCACAUACCCGUAUUCAAAUACAUGGUGUUAUGGAGAUGACGCCUACUGCUGUUACGAUGGUUCUAGUACCUGCUGUUACCACACCUUUGUCUACGAGUACUGGUGGUUCUGGUCGAUAUGGGUCAUCGUUUUCUUUUCUAUCGUAAGCUGCAUCAUAUGCCUCCGACGUCGACGUGCUCGUCAAAACUAUAUACGGUUUGGACAACCGGAGUAUGGAAGUCGGACAGUUGUAACGACAGCAACAUCAAACACUCAAGUCGUCUACCCUUCACAACAGGGCUACCCCCAACAGCAAGGCUAUCCCCCACAGCAAGGCUAUCAACAACCAGCCACCGCGAGCUACCCAACGGCUCCGCCUACCUACUCUGCUGCUGCUGCUCCUCCUCCGGGUUAUACUGCCCCAGAGAAAUCCGCUCCGCCACAAUACCAGUGAAAUGACAUGGUCACCUCCAGGGACAGAAGUAAAUGUAGUAUGGACGCUCGGUCUAUCUCCAUGUCUGGUGGAUUAAUGACACUUGUAAAAACAAACAUUACAUCGUACAGUGUAAAGUAGCUGUGUUACUUACUUAUUUGUUCAACAACAGAGAGACAGGAAGAAGUUAAUCAAUGUUUACGAUUUAGUAAAAUGAUAAAAAAAAACCUUUGUGUGAUUAAUGUAUUAUAUAUAACCAAUUAAUGCUAUGUCGUGCUCUUUGUUGAUGAAGUAUUUUCUUAUAUUCUUAUAAUUUAGCAUUGCUUUCAUAGUUUGUUCAGAUAAAUGUGCAAUAACUGAAUAUGUCUGACAUUAUGCAUUAUUAGCUGUGAAGGUUUCAUUCCUUUUUGUUGUAUAUAAUAUUUAUUCAAGAUAGAGAUAAGGAAGAUUUUUUUAUUUCAUUUUUUUAAAAUUUGUAUGGAUACCUAACAUAUUUUGAUAAAACGUAAAACAUGGAUUUUUAUAACCUGAUGUUAAUCGGUACACACACAAUAAUAUCCUUGCCAUGUCUCAUCCUUCGCUGCCUUACAGUGCUCCAACAGGUGAAUAACUACCUAAGUAUAUGUGGGACGAUGUUACGGUUAACUCGAUUGACUUGACUGAUUGAAACUCGAAAUUGACUUUAAAGGAAAGUGUAAUAUUUAUAUCCGCACCAGUUUUUCGUCUUGCAUUUGACAAAAUUUAAAUCCCACACAUGAACUCUGAUACUGGGUUAUAACUAGGUUUGAAAGAAAAAGUAACAUUAUUGAGAUAUUGUCGUUUUUACAUUUGAUUAACAUUAUUGAUUAUUGACGAGUAUAGUUUUUGUCAUCAUAUUGUUGUAUAUUAAAGAUGUCUUAUGUUUUUCAUUUUAAUGCACAACUUUUAAUAUGGUUUUUGAUUAUACAUUUAUAAAAAAUUUCGACAAGAAAUAUUUCAAAUCAAAAUUUAUAUACACAACGUACAAGUAAGAUUCUGGUCACCGUUUAGUUGAGAUUCGAUACCUGAUUGGUUGAAAUUAAUCUAUCACAUUUUGAGAGGACUUUGGAAUUUGAAACAAAAACGAAUCUCAAAAAAAAUCAGGGCAUUAUUUUAGGAAUUGACGACAGCUCCCAAUAUACACCCCAGAUUUUAUCUACACUUCCCAUUCACUUAGGACCACAAUCUAAAGAUAAACUGUCACUGGAGAUUAACGUUGGACCUUUUAGUAUUUUUCGCAAAUUGAUGCUAAAGUUGGAAGAUAUGUAUUUAUUUAUCUGAUACUUUAGAGGGAAUUGAAUGAUUGACAGAACAGUUUCAUGCGUGGUAGAAAAACAAAGGGCAAAUAUUUUCUCGUAUACAACAAUCAUUGGGACCCUACAAGAUCGGGACAUACGUCUCUCAGAAAUACUUCCCCUUUUCUUGGUCGCGGGGGGUGGGGUGGGAAGGGUGGACUCCUAGAGUCCUUACCAUUUUUAUAAUUCUGACAGGGGAUGCUAAUAUGUUAUUAUAUUUAUGUAGAUUAAUGUUUUAAUUAAAGUAAGAGUAUUAGCAUGCUUAAUUUUUAGUAAUUAAAUUACAAAGAGAUAAUGUUGCUGUUCUAAUAAACAUGCCACAAAUUUAA